GAUACACCUGCACACACACACACACACACACACACACACGCACAGGAAUGAGAUGUGGAGCGUUGCUAUGAAAGAGGUGGAUAUACAUGAAGGACAGCGCAGCAGAGACAAGUGGAGUGGAGGAGGGGGAGUCACACACACUGGGGCAAGAACAUGACUUGAAGAUGAGCUGUCCUCAGACUGAGUUAGAAGAGAAGGACUGUCCUCCUCCAGAGGAAUUAGAGUGUAAAAUCUGUUACCAGCGCUACAAUGUCCACAACCGGAAGCCUAAGAUCCUGGACUGCCUACACCGGGUCUGCGCCCGCUGCCUCAUUAAGAUCCUGGACAUUGCAGACAGUGCAGGGUGCAUCUCCUGCCCCUUUUGCCGACACCAAAGUGAGAUUACAGAGUUUGAGGUUUCAGCCCUGCCUGAUGAUGUUAACAUCAUGUCCCGCUUGGCAAUGCGGGAUAAAUCCUGGAGCUCCGACCAGAACAGAGAGGUGGUCCUGACUCCAAAGAGUUUCUCCUCGUCCAGCUCAUCUCAUGACUCCUCCAACUGCCUGGUCAUCACUAUUAUGGAGGUGCAGAGGGACUCACAGCACUCCCCGAGCCAAAAUGGCAGCUCUGAUGUCUAUGCUGAGCCAAGCCUGGAUUCAGUAUCGAUAGGCUCCAAUGGUCCGGCAGAUCAAGACGCCCUGUCCAAGUUCUGUAAUCAUGUCCCGCGCAUUCUGGUCUGGCUGCUGGGUUUCUUAUACUUUGGCUCAUUGCCUCUAGGAAUCUACUUGUUGGUGGUUCAGAGAGUGACUCUGGGCAUUGUAUGUGUUAGCUUAGUGCCAUCAAGCCUGACAGUGUGCCUGGUCUAUGGAUUCUGCCAGUGCCUGUGUCAGGGUAUGUGUGACUGCUCCUCAAGAGGCUGACAGGAUGGUAGCUGAAGAUUGGUGGUCCUGGGACAGGGAUGAAGUCAGCUGCAGAAAUGGGUAAUAAAAUGCCCAAAGGUUUAAUAAGCCCAGCAGUCAGUUAUCGUUAUAUGAAUAAAGGGCCAGUGAGGAAAAAUAAGAAGACCACCUUCUGUGGUGUGCUGUUCGUUUCUUAGGCCCGCUGUUGCAACUCAGAUACCAGCUGGGUCAAGAGGAACAGAACCACCGAUGACCUGUGUCAAUGGGAGGAGAGCUGAAACCUACAUUUCUGUGAUGUACGUACUUCUGUGACCUUUCUUUGUUCUGUGUUGUGUGUAUGACCUAGUCAAACAUAACAUUCGAAAACAGACUUUUAAUCAUUGACUUACAUAACAAUAGCACAGAGAAGAGUCCUGGGCCCUCAUUUAUCAACACGGUCAACCAGCAAGUAUCAUUGAUCGUUUUUUUAAGUCAAAGGUAGGAUUUAAUCAUUUGGAGCUUGAGGAUGGUAUGUAGAGUACUUUCUGGUCAAAAAGAGUGCCACAAAUGAAACACUGCAAAUCAAAAGGGAAUGGUAUUUAGAUAAUUGAGAUUGUAAAGAAACACACCAAGUAUUGUAGUAGUCUGUGUCAGGAUACAAAUGUGUCUAGGAAGAAUUGCAUUUGUGCAUGUUUAGAUAACCACCAGCUGCCAAUAACCAAAAGGGAGGGAAACUAAUACUGUCUGUGAUUUAGGCAAAUAGUUAAAAGCAAAGGCACCUCUUAGACUGACAUCUAUGGCUUCAGUAGUAUUAGUCUGUUGAUAAGCCUGUUGAUGUAACUAGUCUGUUGUCAUAUUUUCACUUAAUGGCUGAAACACUGCUCUCAAGGCUUGUGUGACUGGCAGGCCAUAUUGCUUCAACUGCAAGCGAAGUGACUUGACAACAUAUGUGUAUUGUUGAACAGAGUAAUGGAUACUUCAGAAAACAACUGUCUAUUUGACUAGAUUUUUCAGACGUAAAAUUCCAAACAAUCCAUACAUUUGGAAAAAACACAUUUUCACUCGAUGCACAUUUGUGCCACGUUUAAAUACAGAAGAGCAACUGAGAAAUGUAAACUGACCAUAAUACUGUAGCUGGUAGAGUAGUAGCUUUAAGCAGAGGUGUGAUGAGGAUGUUAUAAUCAUUUAUUGAAUGCGCAUUUCUCUUUUUUUCACUUUCUCCUUUUCUGCCUCAAAUACAGAUACAAACCAUUUAGGCUGUUGGGGUGAAAAGAUGUCGGGCCAGUGAGGCAUAAAGCAGAAUCAUAUCUCAGGUUUUUUGGUCUUUCAGUAACACACAUUCCAUUCAGUUUCAGCAAUUCUGUUGUGUUUGAUUGUAUGGUACAGAUAAAAAGCUUAUUCUGCUCAAAGAUAUACAGUGCCUAUCAUAAGUAUUCACCCCUUUGAUGUUUUACCCUUUUAUUGCUUUCAUAAAUCAAUCAUGGUCAAUAAAAUUUAGCUUUUUUAACAAAAAAAUUAUUGGAAAAACCUCUUUAAUGUCAAAGUGACAACAGAUUUCUAUAAAGUAAUGUUAAUGAAAGAAAAUUAUAUAAAUAAAAAUAAUUGUUUGCAUAAUUAUUCACCCCCCUUUUUAAUUUAAUGGUCUAAUUCAAUAGAGGUCCAUCAAAUUGUUGCCAAUAGUCUCACAAUUAGUGAAAUGAAGAUUACCUGAGUGGUGUGGGUGUGUUUCAAGUGAUUGAGUUGUAAAACACCUGUGUCUGAAGGGUCCAGAGAGUGGUUGAUCAGUAUUCCUGGCUACCAUUACACCAUGAAGACAGAAGAACACUCUAAGCAACUCAGGGAAAGGGUUAUUGAGAAGUACAAUUCAGGGGAUGGUUACAAAAAAAUUUCCAAGGCACUGAACAUCCCCCGGAGUUUAGUGAAAUCAAUUAUCAAGAAAUGGAAGGAAUAUGGCACUUGUGUGAAUCUGCCUAGAUCAGGCCGCCCUCAUAAACUGAGUGACCGUCAAGUGGAAGAAGAUUCUUUGGUCUGAUGAGACCAAAAUUGAGCUUUUUGGCCAUCAGACAGGACGUCAUGUUUGGCCGAAACCAAACACUGCACAUCACCAAAAACACACCAUCCCCACUGUGAAGCAUGGCGGUGGCAGCAUCAUGCUGUGGGGAUGUUUCUCAGCAACUGGACCUGGAAGGCUUGUAAAGAUAGAGGGCAGAAUGAAUGCUGCAAAAUACACUGAAAUCCUGGGGGACAAUCUUUCUCAGUCUGCAAGAGAACUACGUCUUGGGAGAAGAUUUCUUUUCCAGCAAGACAAUGAUCCAAAACAUACUGCGAAAGCUACACAGGAAUGGUUAAAAAAGAACCAGGUAAAUGUUCUGGAGCGGCCGAGUCAAAGCCCAGACCUCAAUCCUAUAGAGAAUUUGUGGCUGGACUUGAAAAGAGCUGUUCAUGCCCAAUACCCGCGCAACCUGACAGAGCUUGAGCAGUUUUGCAAAGAAGAAUGAAGCAAAAUUGCAGUGGGCAGAUGUGCAAGACUGAUUGAGACCUAUCCACACAGACUCACUGCUGUGAUUGGAGCCAAAGGUGCAUCUACUAAAUACUGACUUGAAGGAGGUGAAUAAUUAUGCAAACAAUUAUUUUCAUUUAUAUAAUUUUCUUUCAUUAACAUUACUUUAUAGAAAUCUGUUUUCACUUUGACAUUAAAGAGUUUUUCCAAUUUUUUUUUUGUUAAAAAAAAGCUAAAUUUUAUUGACCAUGAUGGAUUUAUGAAAGCAAUAAAAGGGUAAAACAUCAAAGGGGGUGAAUACUUAUGACUUAUGACUGUAGACGAAUUCCACAGAAACGAAAUUCCACAUAUUUAAACUAUUAUGUGUUUUAACAAUUGCUUACAUUUUUAUGUAAUUUAAAAUGCUUUGCACAGUAAUAUCACAGAAAACUGCUAUUUAUGAGAAAGACUACUGAAGAUUUAACUCUCUAUUCGCGGUUCCAAAUUGUAGUUUUCCAUACAGCUGUCUGCCCAUUUUGUUGUGCCAGAAAUGAGUCUUUUGAGACACUGGAAAUUGCUGCAGUUUUACCCAGAAAUAGCUGACAUUUCCAGCAGUACAUAAAAUAAAGGUCUAGACUAUGACUUGCAGUUCAUGAGCAUGGUGGAUUAAAAUUUGUGGGUUUUAUCAGUUCAUACUAAUAAGUUUGUUUGGACCAAAUACGCAAAUUCGACAAAUACCGCCUUUCUCGUACUUACAAGCAUUGUCUGUUUUACUAAUGGGAGUCAGUUUAGAGCCUUUUCUGCACAAUGUUGAUAACUGAGGGACCUGGAAUAAUAUUUUUUUUCCAUCUAUUCAACAACAAAAUCCAGGUAAUAAUAUUUUUUUAUCAAGCUGAAUAUGUAACAUUAUUGAAAAAAAUCAAUAUGUGAUUAACCAUUUCUGUACAAUGUAAGUCCUAUUAGUUCUUUUCGGUUUGGGCUCAAUAUUUUCUUUUCUUAUGUUGCCUUAUGUUUCUGUUGUCAGCUUCUUUCAUUCUCCAUUUCUUUACAAGUGUCUGUACCAAUUCCUUUUGUUUUCCUGUUUUUCUGUCAAUGAUACACUGACUGUUGUGCUCAGCUUAGUACUACACUACUGACUACAGAUGUUACUAGACAAUGAAAUAAAUGGAAAGUAAUUUUCUA